AUGGCAACUUGGGCUUAUCCCCCACUGCCCACUGAGCAGCUGAAUCGUCGGGCCGAUACCGCUUUGGCUCAGGAGCUGGAGUGGCUCUUGCAGUCGCUCCAAGAGUCACUAGUCUCCUUGAAGGAAGGCCUGCAAGAGUGCGCCGCCCUCUUGGCCCCCCAAGAACCAGGGUCGACUCUGGUUCUAUCAUCAUUGCGAUCAGAGAGUGUAAAGGGCUUCGUCACCCGAAUUGGCACCAAAGUGGUCAAAGGAGAUAUCCAACUCCGUUUGGCCUCGCUGCCUGCUCCUCGAGGUGCUUCUAGCACUCGCCUAACCCUAUCUCAGGUCCCCGAUGCUCCAGACUUGGUCCUACAGCAGCUGGUCUCAGUCCGGAAUCUCGUGAAUCAAAGCCUUGAUAUUGUGGAUGUGAGCACAUACACGGGCGAUCCCCUCAAUGCGGGAUUUAUCUUCAGCCAGCUGCAUCUCUUGAAAGAGACCAUCAGCGAGGCCCGGCAGAUGCUGAAGGGAGAGGGGAACGAGCGAGGUAACUGGUGGGAAACGAGCGCGUCAGACAAUAUGUUUGAUCCUGCCCCUCCGCCUUAUCUCUCUUUCCAUCUUUCCAUUGCAGACUCUGCACUGGUGCUACUGAUACGCACUCUAGAGAGCAACACGCCUGCCCAGGCGCCGACGGCAUUUGCCUCGGACAUCUCCCUGACCGGUUUCUCUCUAAGAGACCGGAUCUUUGGAACCCGACAACGGGCACAUGACGAGGUAGGUGAUGUUUUCACCUGGCGUGGAGAAGAAGUUCACGUCAAGGAAAAGGUUCGGGUUGAGAGUCAGGACCCGAGCUUGAUGGCCGUUAUGGCCAAGCUGACGGCAUUGGAGCACGAAGUCAUGCGCUGGGUGAUGGCGCUUCAAAUUCUCAUGGGAAAUGAGGAGACGGAAAGCGAGUGA